GAACUAUAACCUUUGUGAGAGGCUGGGAAUUGAAAGAAGCCUGUGUUCCCCGUAUCAUCCACAGACAAAUGGGCUCGUGGAAAAAUUAAAUGGAACAAUACAGAGGUCCCUGAACAAACUGGUGGCGGGUGAGCCCAAGCGUUGGGACCAAUUCCUGCAGCCCACCAUGUUCAGUCUGAGAACCAAAACUCAGCUGACUACAAAGUUCAGUCCCUAUUUUCUGAUGUUUGGGAGGGAGGCGAGGUACCCAUCAGAGGUGCCCAAGGAGUACAAAAUAACAGAAGACAAAGUGAAAAGGAUGGUGGAAAGGGAAGAUGUCUGGAAGGGACUUCAAAAACAGGAGGCCGUUUUCACGCUUGUAAAGAAAAACAUUUAAAAAAGCCAAGAGAGGGUCCGCAAGAGGAAACUGGAGAAAGGGCAAGCGGACAACUUCCAAGUGGGGGACUUGGUUUUAAAAAGAAACAAAAGGUUGGAGCAAAGAAAAGGUGGGAAACUAGAGGUGGAAAUGCAGGGACCUUACCGGGUUGUGGACAUUGAGAGGAAAGUUGCUGAAAUAGUUUCAGAAAAGGGAAACAAUAAGAUGAAAGUCAACAUUGACCACCUCGCACACUAUGUCCAGCCAGAGGAGAGGAUCCCUGCUAAAUUGAAAAAAUUGUUGGAUCCUUCUCCUCUGGCUGAUCCACUGACCUCCACCUCCACAUCCACCUCCACAUCCACCUCCACCACACCCUCCACACCCUCCCAAACCCUGGCUCCAUCAAGUCAGGCAGAAGGAGCAUCUUCUGAGGUGGAGACUUUAAUCCGAGACAUAUGGGCAGGGAGGAGGAAGGAGACGCUAUGGGCCAAGUAUGGCCCAUACAAAGUUUACAGCGAGAACCUCAUGGUCUUGGCCCCAGGACAGCAGUUGGAGGGAGAGAUUAUCAAUGCCUAUUUAUCAUGGGUGGGUGUAAAAGCUGGGGCUUUCAUUUUCGACUCCUACCUCAUCACUUCCCUCUGGCAGGGAAAACACAAAGGCGGUUUAAGAAAGUUGGACCUGACAAAACACAAUGUGGCAGCUGGAGCCGUCUGUCACAAGGCACACUGGACCCUCAUUAUCAUGUAUCUAAGGGAAAACAGGUGCCUUUUCUUGGACCCAUUUGGGGCCACCAAAGAACAGAUAAGCCGCUGCAAAGACCUAACACGAUCGCUGGUCUGCAAGACAAACCCAGCUGUUGGGAGAUGGGCAUGCGACAGCAUGGAUCAUCCCAAACAGCAGGACACAACAUCAUGCGGUGUGUUGAUUUGCAAGCUUGCAGAGCAAAUACUAUUGGACCAGAAGGUCCAGUACCCUGUUGACCAGGCGGGUGUGGCCUCAAUGAGGUUCGACAUGGCAAUGUCCCUGGUGAAAAAUUCCGAUGACCUAUCCCAGCUGUGUCGGGCCUGUGGGGAACUUAGUUCAGGGUUCACCAAGGUUGACCAAUGGGUAAGACGUUGUAUUAAUUUCCUGACCACCAUUUGGCUGGAAGACUGGGAUACACCCUGGAUAGGUUACCUCAACAUCACCGGGUGAACACUAUAACAGAUAUUGAACAUUUUUACUUUAAUUCACCAAACUUGCAUGUCUUUGCACUAUGGGAGAACACUGGUGCAGUGGAAGGAACCUCUGAGCACGGACUCUACACAGAAAGAACCACAGAUAAGAUCCCAACCUAUACAUUGCUUAUUUAGUUAAAUGUUAACAGAGUGAUUGUAAAGCGUACUCUGGAUGAGUGAUGUUAAUCUAAAAAAUGUUUGGCCAUGUUCUAACAUGUAUUAUUUCUGUUUCUUUUCAGAUUGAGUGCACCGGCUGUACCAAAUGGUACCACACAACAUGUGUUGGGCAGCCCUCUAUCUCACUGGACUAUUACUGCAAAAGCUGCACUUUAUAAACACACAAACACACACACACACACAUUCCUUGUUUACAGUAUGUUCACAUGUGGUCCAGGCUGUUGUCAUUGCACACUUAAAGCUAAAGUAUUACGUUUUUCAAAGGCAACUUAUAUAUAUAUUUAAAGAAAUGUACAUAGAUUUGUGUGUACAUACACACCUGUACACCCACUGUUAUAUCAUUUGGAAUGGAAUCUAACAUACUGACAUGACAAAUGGUGGAAUGUGCUCCCCAUUGAAAUCAGGACCGCAGAAAUCUCUUUCGACUCCACU